CCCGUAUGGCCACGUCGUUGUAAAACCCUAGAAUCCACACCAUUUCUCACACCAGUCACUUACCGGCAAACACGGUUUUUCCGACAUGCAGUCACCCUUCUCUUCGUUCUUGUUCCGUAGUAAACAGCUUCUUCUUCUCCCCGUCACAACUACAUUUCCAAGAUCUCUUCUCCCCUUCCUAAAGGCCCAUUUCAAAACCAAUGCACCACUACAACAACAACAAUACCUCAUCAAUUCAUCUUUUCAACAAUCAAUCCGCACCCAAACCAUCGUAUCAUCAACUCUCUCAGCUCACAUUCUCUCCAACAAAUUCCCACACUCCAACAUUGUCUUGUCUCCUCUCCCCAUCCAUCUGGUUCUCAGCCUCCUAGCCGUUGGUUCCAAGGGCCAAACACUCGACCAACUCCUGGCUUUUCUCAAAAUCAAGACUACGGAUGACCUCAACUUUUUGUAUUCGAAGCUUGUGCCCUUCUUAUUCGCGGACAAUGGUGGGCCUCGGGUGUGUUUUGCAAAUGGGCUUUGGGUUCAGAAAACUCUGUCUCUUAAACCUUCUUUCAAACACGUGGUGGGCACCCUUUAUAAAGCGGAUUGCAAUCAAGUUGAUUUCCAGACCAAAGCGGAUGAGGUAGCUGAUGAAGUUAAUCUAUGGGCAGAAAAGCAAACGAACGGGCUUAUCAAACAACUCCUUCCUGCUAACUCAGUUAACAAUCUGACAUGGCUAAUCUUUACAAACGCGAUCUACUUUAAGGGAGCAUGGCUCGAGAAGUUCAACCGUUCAUCCACAGCAGAUGCCGAUUUCCAUCUCCUCGAUGGCAGCACAGUUACUGUUCCUUUCAUGACGAACGGCAAAACACAAUUCGUGUGUCAAUAUGACGGUUUUAAAGUACUACAGCUUCUCUACUUACAAGGUAAAGAUCACCGAGAGUUCGCAAUGUACUUUUACCUUCCGGAUAAAAAAGACGGGCUUCCAUGUUUAGUAGACAAAAUCCGCACCACGCCCGACUUUUUCGACCGUCACGUUCCAAGCCAGAAAGUACGAGUCGGGCGGUUUCUAAUACCAAAGUUUAAGAUCUCAUAUGGGUUUGAAGUCUCUCAAGUGUUAAAGGAGAUGGGGCUUGUAUUGCCUUUCAGCGAGAGAGAUGGUUUGGCCGAAAUGAUCGACUCGUUUGAUGGUCAAAGCGUGUAUGGUGCUUGCAUUCAUCACAAGUCUUUUGUGAAUGUGGAUGAAGAAGGAACAGAGGCUGCAGCAGCCUCUGCAUUUCUAGGCCGAGGAUGCUCAAGGAUGAUGGGAGAUAAAGUUGAUUUUGUGGCGGAUCAUCCGUUCGUAUUUGUGAUCAGAGAAGAUGUGUCUGGGGUUGUGCUCUUUAUGGGACAGGUGGUUAACCCUAGCGUCGGUUGAAAUUGCUAGUAUUGUGAAUAUAUUAUCUUUUGUAUAUGGUAGUAAUGUGGAACUUUGGAUAGGUUAACCACCUUUUGCUGUUUGCUAACAACAGGAUAUUAGGCA